CACAGGUCGGAUGUGUCUGAGGCGGACCUGAAAGACUCCACGAGACUUCUCUGUCUGUCCGCCGCGCGUCUGCUUGCGCGCAGAGAGGAUGCUUGUGUCUCUUCAGCUCGCACCUGGAGCGAGGAAACAGUGAGAGCUUUUUGUUGUUCUUCAGCGCUUUUAUUGUUCUUUUUUUAUUUGUUUUUGCUCACACCAGACGCAAAGUGAAGGACGAAGUUAUUUCAUCUUCAUCACUUUUCAGGAGAGGUAUUGGAAUAUGCGCUUUUUCGCUCCACAGCCGGAGUUGACGUGCGUUUAGCGUGUGAGCGGCAGCACCACCUGUGACACCGGCAGGCACCGGCACCAGAGAGCGCUUGGUCGCCAGCUGCGCUCCGUCCUCGAGGAAACAGCCGCAGCCGGGACUCGGCCGCUGUGGACGCGGACUCAUUUGGCCAACUUUCCCGAACGUGUUUUUUACGCACGAGGCGAGAGAGGCGCGCGGGCCAAAAUCGGGUGCUGUGAGGUGGAAGAGAAGAUAGAAGCGUCACCAAAACAAACAAACAAGUCCAGCCAUUAAAAUGACGGACGGUCCAAGGCAGCGGAGCAGCGCGUCGGGCUCCUCCAAGGAUGCUGCCGGCGGAGGGGAGUCGGGAGGUGGAGUUGCGCUCAAGAAGGAAAUCGGGCUUGUGAGCGCCUGCGGCAUCAUCGUUGGUAACAUUAUCGGCUCAGGUAUCUUCGUCAGUCCGAAGGGAGUGAUGGAGAACGCCAGCUCCGUGGGCGUGGCCCUGAUCGUCUGGAUCAUCACGGGCGUCAUCACCGCCAUCGGGGCGCUGUGCUACGCCGAGCUGGGCGUCACCAUCCCCAAGUCGGGGGGAGACUACUCCUACGUCAAGGACAUCUUCGGCGGGCUGGCAGGGUUCCUGCGCCUGUGGAUCGCCGUGCUGGUGAUCUACCCGACCAACCAGGCCGUGAUCGCGCUGACCUUUUCCAACUACGUCCUGCAGCCUCUGUUCCCCACCUGCUUCCCGCCGGAGAACGGCCUGCGCCUCCUGGCCGGCGUCUGCCUCCUGCUGCUGACAUGGGUGAACUGCUCGAGUGUGAGGUGGGCCACCAGGGUGCAGGACAUGUUCACCGCCGGCAAGCUGCUGGCCCUCGCCCUCAUCAUCAUCAUGGGCAUCGUGCAGAUCUGCAAGGGAGAGUACUACUGGUUGGAGCCAGCCAACGCCUUCGAGCCCUUCCAGGAGUAUGAUGUGGGUUUGAUAGCCUUAGCCUUCCUACAAGGCUCCUUCGCCUACGGAGGGUGGAACUUCCUCAACUACGUCACAGAGGAGCUGGUGGACCCCUAUGUGAACCUUCCUCGUGCAAUCUUCAUCUCCAUCCCCCUUGUGACCUUCGUUUACGUCUUUGCCAACAUCGCCUAUGUCACGGCCAUGAGCCCCCAGGAGCUGCUCGCCUCAAACGCCGUCGCCGUGACGUUUGGCGAGAAGCUGCUGGGAGUCAUGUCGUGGAUCAUGCCCAUCUCUGUGGCUCUCUCCACCUUCGGGGGGGUCAACGGUUCCCUCUUCACCUCUUCACGAUUGUUCUUUGCUGGAGCCAGAGAGGGCCACCUCCCAAGCCUGCUGGCCAUGAUUCACAUGAGACGCUGCACCCCCAUCCCUGCUCUGCUCUUCACUUGCCUGUCCACCCUGCUAAUGCUGUGCACCAGUGACAUGUACACCCUCAUCAACUAUGUGGGCUUCAUCAACUACCUCUUCUACGGAGUCACUGUCGCCGGGCAGAUCGUCCUACGUUUUAAACAGCCCGACAUGCACCGACCAAUCAAGAUCAGCCUGAUAUGGCCGGUCAUUUACCUCAUCUUCUGGGCCUUCUUGCUCAUCUUCUCCCUGUACUCUGAGCCUGUGGUGUGUGGCAUCGGCCUGGCCAUCAUGCUGACUGGCGUCCCCGUCUAUUUCCUGGGAGUCUACUGGGACAAUAAGCCACAGUGCUUCAACGCCUUCGUUAAUAAGAUGACGUACUUGGGCCAGAAGUUCUGCAUGGUGGUUUAUCCGGGCGAAGGCAGCAGCGGCGGGAGCGGAGAGGAGGGCGAGGAAAUGCAGGAGGCCAGGUCUCCCCUGUCCAAGGAGGACGGAGACAACCACAAGUCAGCUGACUGCUAGAGCGUCUUCAUCCCCCGCCUGCCCCGAAACAAACAGACAUGUGCCGACGCGCACGUGGGCGCGCACACACUCAAACACUCAUGCAAACACACACGACACAGUUUGAAGUGGAUUCACUGAUCGACACACAUGCACCCCCACACUCUGUCUGUAAUACUCGUACUUCGUUUCAAUCAAUAAUUUCUGUGCCAAAAAUAGUGAGUUCCUAGGGUAACAUGACCUCAGAUUAUUCUGUCUGGGCUCCUUCAAAAGUGCAAUAAAGAAAGGUUAGCACCUUCCACUGCUCCAGUACAUAAACAGACACAUUUAACCAUUUACUACUCAUUCUCAUCAUCAUCCUGCUUCUCUUCCUCCCUCCCCUCCUCCACACACUCCCUGCACACUCCUACUGUAAGAGCAUCUUUUUUUUUUCUAGUAUUUCCUUAUUUUUAUCAAAAGACUCUUACUGUACUGUGAUAUGCAAACACUUUUUUUGUCGCAUUGUAAAUUUUGUUUUGUCGUCCAUUCAACAACACCAAAGCUGUAUUUUGAUCGUCAGAGUGGAAAAUCACAUUCAGAUCAAGUCAUUUCAUGAAGUGCGUUUUGUUUUUGAAGGUGACUGUGAUUCCGAAAUGUUUCUCUCUCUCUCUUUUUUUUUUUUUGUAAUUGUGAUCAUUGUUUAUAUCAUUUUGCCUUUGUUGUUAUUUUAGUUUUAAUAUGUUAAUUUUAGUUUUGUUGAUAUUCUUUUUUUCUAUUCAACAUCAUAUACAUCUGGGCCUAUUUUUUUACUCUUGCAAUCGUGGAGGUGUACGCCUGAACGCUGUUGUGUGAUCUGUACUUUGUAUUGGUAAAUGUGCUGGUAAGUGUUGCACAGUUCUUUGUUAAUUGCCUUAAUUGGAAUAUAUAUCGGGUGCCUCUGGCGCUCUGUUUUGACUGAUGUGGAGAGACAGUUAAUCCUCCUACUUCGGGAUAGUUUUUAAUGUUAAUGGAAGCAGCAACAGAAGUUUGUUGUUUUUGAUUCUUGUAUGGACACUACACGAAUAAUUAACCCAUUAAAACUGCAAGUCCAGCAUGGACAUAGAUGACGAGACCGAAUAAGUAGGCAACACCACCACAUUUGCAUUCGUGUGCAAAUCCCUACACCGACACAUGUGAAUGCCUGUGUAAAAAACUGUUGUUUUAUGGCAGAAGUAUUUUUGUAGCUUACCAUCUAGCUGUGUUUAAAUCAUUUUUUUUUGUUCUUUAUUUAGGGUUUAGAAAUGAGAGCUUUACACGCACACACACAAACACACAAGAACAUUUUUAAAUUCAUGCAAUUCAAUAGAAGUGAUUUGAGUGCAAUAUCAGUGCAUGCACCUGCAAAAAAACCUGAACCCCUGAAUGAACCCGUUCUCUGUUGUCUGGUCAUAGUUAUGUACAGUAUCUAUACUUACAUGUGUAACAACACUCCUGCACACAUAAACACACACUGACUCACGUGUCUUCGAUCUUUCUAUAACCUCUUAGCGUCUCAGGGCAUCCCCACUGCCUUCUCCUUACAUACACUGCCUGAAAACCUCCAGACCACGAAAACUCGACAGAUCUGACUGAUUGCCUCUUCGCUAAAUGCCUGGAAAUGCCUGUACUGGUGCUUUUAGAGAUUUAUUUCCUCAGGAGUCUCAAUCUUACAAGCUACCCCCACAAAAAAAAACAGGCAUUGGCAGACAUGCGUGAAUAAUAUCAUUAAAGCUGGGCCAGUAUUGUAUAGGUUUCUCUUAUUAAACCGUAAGGGGAACAGGGUCUCUUGGAUGUCUUUACAAGUACAAUGAUUGUGUUUUGUGCCUGUACGGUUAGUGUGUAUUUACAGUAUACACAGGUGUCAUGACAGUCUGUAUAUUGUCUUUUAGUGAAUAAAAACCACUGACUCAUGUUUGAAUUUGUAAUUCAGGGCCUCAUUUAUAUUAAAAAAACAUGCUCCUAGUCUUUAUCUUUAUUCCACCGUGCGGUCAUUUCAAAGAAGAUUAAAUUCUUCACACACUUUCAAAAAUGAGAAGACAUUUUCCUCAAAUUUCAACAUAACAUAAACAUCAUGAAUUUCACAUUUCUCAACAAGACCAUCGCUGUACAUAAAUGAGGCCUGAAUGUUUCCACCUCAGAAAUCAAAUGCUGCAACUUUACAACAUGUGAUAUGGCACUGUGAACUGCAGACUCUGCAACUUAGAGCUUCACAAAUUGAGCGCAAGUCAAAUCAUACUUGUUUACUGCUUAACUCUCAAGAAAGCCUAACAGUGAUGUUGUUUUACUUACUCUUGUCUUACUUCCUUGCUGCUCAAGGUUCUCCAAUACGCUGCAACCACCACUUCUUACUCUAAUUCAGACCAAAACAGACCUUCAAUGUGGUGGAAAUAUGACGUUUUCUAUGUUGUAACAGUCAUCAUGUGUUCUGAUGAUCUCAGCAGAUCUUCUCUAAGCAAUACGUCGCACUACAAUACUCGUCCUGAUGAGAAUGUUAUCUCUAAAUCAUUUUGUGGGCUCUAAUUUAAGUUGCCGUUUGCAGUCUACCUACCACACUGAGAGCCAUUUUUGACUGUCGUGUCUCUCAAACUUAAGUCUAUUUUUGUGUUAAAAAUGUAAAUGUACAUACUGGUGGUGAGUGUGUGACAAGAAUAAAAACUAUCCGUAAGUGA